UUUAUUUCAAUUUUUAAUAUUAUUUUUGUAUGUGUUUAUUUGCUUAUUAUGGAGCGGACACUUGAUUACAACAAAUGUAAUUAUACAAAUAUAUUUCUAUGGAAAUGAUAAGGGUUUAUAUGCACUGGGGACUUCAUCCAGUGCAACAAGAGUCCCCCUCCCUAAUGCUAUUCUAUUGGCUGAGAUGCUCAGGAUUGGUCAGACAAUGAUCAGCUGGUGCGUUUCCCUACUCGCUCACAUUGGCACCUCGCCACCCCCCUUCGGCUAAAACCAAACCUCACAUAAAGUAAUGGCAAAACACACUUGGACUAUAAAACGCAACAAAUCAUAACACUCGCACAAUAACAGUGGCCACCCAAUGAGUUCCUACUUCGUCAACUCAACUUUUCCCGUGUCUCUUGGCGGGGGACAGGAUUCUUUUCUCAACCAGUUACCGUUAUAUUCUCCUGGAUAUACCGACACUUUGAGACACUAUCCAGGCGCAACGUUCGGAGCGAGCAAUGUCCAGGAAAAGGUGUAUUCCAACUCAUACUACCAGCAAGCUACCGGAGUGUUUGGGAGAAGCGGUUCAGGCGCUGCUUGCGAUUACGCUGCUUCCAGCAUAUACAGAGAGAGCGAGCGCUCAUCAUGUCCUCUCGGAGGCUUGGAAGAGUCGCUGGCUCUCACACAGGGGCAUAGCAAGACGGAGGUCUCGGAGCACACUUCAGACAAUUACUCCUAUAGCGAAUCCAAGCCCUGUGCCCCUGUUUACCCGUGGAUGCAGAGGAUGAACUCUUGUAGCGGCAUUCCUGGAACCACUGGCCGCAGGGGUCGUCAGACGUACACUCGAUUUCAGACACUUGAAUUGGAAAAAGAGUUCCAUUUUAAUAGAUAUUUGACCAGAAGGCGCAGGAUUGAAAUCUCGCAUGCUCUGUGUCUAACAGAGCGACAGAUAAAGAUCUGGUUCCAGAAUCGGAGAAUGAAGUGGAAGAAGGAGAAUAAAGUGAUGAACUCUGAAAAGACCAGCGAAGAGGAGGAUGGUGGAAAGACGGGAUAGACGAUUUCGAUAUGCACUGUGUUGUAAAUAAUAAACAGGUCCAAUAUUUUUACCCACAGUACAUAGGCUAUUGUAUUUUCAUGUAGAUGUACGAAUGUACCCAAACAAAACGGUUAUCUAUUUAAUGCUUUUUAAAUGGCAAAAGCUAGAAACCCUCUCAGGGUUGUAAAACAUGCAUCUUUCUCGUUUCUGUAAUGUUCACCCCGUUGUGUACUGUUUUCCGCCAUUAGACAAUUUGUUUAUUACUUGGCAUAAAAUAAAUGGCUGAAUUUUGCACUCUUUUUUUCACAACCUAGAACAGGCUUAUAGUGAAGGCUAAGGGUGACUGCUGACAUGUUGGACAUUCGUAUGUUUAAACGUUUUCGUGUGUAAUUUAUUUUGUUUGUUACGUUUGUGUAUGUGGAUGCACUGAUCUUUGUUAGCAAUGCCAGUUUGCCAAUAAAAUAUGUUCAACCACGACUUUUGUACUCGCUUGUUCGUGCUAAAAUGUCAAAAAGCAAUACUAUUAUGUAGGAUAACACAAGAUGUUUACAAAUGUCAGAUGUAUAGUAGAGAAAAGGCAAAUCUCGACCGCAGACUAGACGCGAGAGCGUCACUUCACACAAUGGUAGAAUUGCAUUAAACUUAGACCAACUAUAUAUAUUUAUUUAAUUGUGUUUUUAGCGCAUUUCAUUAUUUUUAAAUGAUUUGGAACACAUGAAAUACGUGAGGACAAUAUUGAGAGGCCACGGUUGUCACGGUUGUCAAAACAUUCUCUUUCUAAAUACCACAUUUAUAAAAAAAAAGCACGACCAGAUUCUUACUGAUAAAGAAAAAUGUAAAAAAAAAAAUAAAAUAAA